UUCAAAUCUAAAAUAUAAACAAGGAAACACCCUCUUCCCUGCACUGAAGUUCUCUUCACACUACCUCUUUAUAUAUCAAUGUGUACUGGAACACUUCUUAAGCUCUCCUCUCUAUUCUCAAGUUUCCACCCCAAAUCUAAACAACCCAAUUGAUCCUUCUCACUACCAAGCAAGAGGAGUGAAUGAGUGAUGGCUCUCCAAGGAGAUAAUCUUGUUGUUUCUGAAAGGAAGCUUGAGAAAAUGCUUUGCAUGAAGGGAGGCAAAGGAGAGACUAGCUAUGCCAAUAACUCUCAGGCUCAGGCAAAACAUGCUCGAUCGAUGCUUCACCUGCUAGAAAGUACACUCGAUAGAGUGCAACUAGAGUCGCCGGAGACUCCAUUUGCAGUGGCAGACCUCGGCUGUUCAUGCAGCGGCAACACCAUCUCUAUCAUUGACGCCAUCAUCAAACACAUAUCCAAACGUUACGAGGCCAUGGGUUACGAUCCACCGGAGUUUUCUGCCUUCUUCUCCGACCUCCCUUCUAACGACUUCAACACCCUCUUCCAGCUCCUCCCUCCUUUGUUCAUCAACGGUGCCAGCAUGGAAGAGUGCCUCGCCGCCGAUGGCCAUCGCUCCUACUUCGCCGCCGGCGUUCCGGGAUCUUUCUAUAGGCGUUUAUUUCCGGCUAAAUCUAUCGAUGUUUUCUACUCUGCUUUCUCUUUGCACUGGCUGUCCCAGGUGCCGGAGAUCGUGAUGGAUAAGAGAUCAACGGCUUAUAACAAGGGAAGGGUAUUUAUCCACGGUGCAAGUGAGAGCACAGCCAAUGCUUACAAGAAGCAAUUCCAAGAGGACUUGGCAGGAUUCCUAAGAUCACGUUCACAUGAGAUAAAGAAGGGUGGGUCCAUGUUUCUUGUUUGCUUAGGAAGAACAUCUGUAGAACCUUCUGAUCAAGGUGGGGCUGGUCUUCUUUUUGGGACCCACUUUCAGGACGCCUGGAAUGAUCUUAUUGAAGAGGGUCUGAUAGAAAGUGAGAAACGUGACAGCUUCAACAUACCAGUGUAUGCGCCAAGCUUGCAAGACUUCAAAGAGGUAGUGGAAGCCGAUGGAUCCUUUGCCAUUAACAAGCUAGAGGUUUUCAGAGGUGGAAGCCCUCUCAUUGUUAGCCGACCAGAUGACGAGGUCGAGGUGGGCCGGGCCUUUGCCAAUAGUUGUAGAAGUGUUUGUGGGGUCUUAGUGGAUGCACACAUAGGGGACGAGCUUAGUGAGGAACUCUUCAAGCGACUUGAGCCACGGGCAACAGCCCACGCCAAAGAGCUAAUUGAACAACUACAGUUUUUCCACAUAGUUGCUUCCCUCUCCUUUUCAUAGAAAAAGAAAGAGAAAGCAAAAUGAAACCACUCAUAUCCACAAAAUGCAGAAACAGAUCAAAGAUGAUUCUCUUUCAUCCAUGGUGGCCCCUCUCUCUCUCUCUCUCUCUCAAAAGGCUGGAAUAGAUCAAAGAUGGUUCUCUUUCAUUCAUGGUGGCCCUCUCUCUCUUUCUUGUGGGUAUAUGUGUCUUGAGUAUGUGUAAUGAAGGUCACCUAUAUACUUGAUGUGGUUGUCUUUGUGUUCCCUUGAAUCCCAACUUAGUAAGUAAAGUGAAACCCUCUUCAUUUCACUUUCUUUUGUAGCUUAUGAUUGUGUCUACGUAUGAGAAGGUACAUUUGAUGAGAGAGUCUCUCUCUCCGCUUGUGAGAA